AUGUUUUUUCUAACUACCAAUUCAUUGGAAUGUUUUAUUGGUGUAGCAUUAGGGUCUCAUGCUCAGGAUAUAACUGGUGCUAUUAUGCCUUGUAGUGGUAUGUGUUCAAAUGUAACAUUAGCAAUACAUAAUACAGUAGCAACUAUCUUUACCUGUGAUCCAUUUGAUGUCUGUGCAACAAUUGAAAUUGAUAAUGAAUGUAAAUUACAAUGGCUCGAUAUUUCUAUGUGUUGUUGUUCAAAUAAAAAUUAUUGUAAUGUUAAAAAUUGGAUAAUGGGAAAAGCUGUGUCACAGUCACCAAGUUUCUUUACAGAAAGUCCAAUACCCUCAAAUAUGCCACCACCAAAGACAAUUGAAUGUUAUGUAGGCAUUGACUUGUAUGAAAGAAUACAAUUACAAAGUUAUUCAAAUUUGAAUAGACUUCUAACGAAAUUCAAGGAAUAUAUUAUAAUGACGUUAUCUAAAUUUGAUCAUAGGACAAAUCAAGGAUUAGUUAUUAAAAUGAAUUGUACAGGUAGUUGUGCUAAUACAACAUUAGGUGAUGUUGGAAUGGUUUAUUUUUGUGAUCCAGAAUAUUUUUGUUUAACACAUAAUUUGGAAAAUAAAUUCAACCAUUUUGUAAUAUGA